AUGGGACGCAGAAUAGCACUGUGGGACAGUCAGCGCAAUGCUGAACAGAUCCUUGACUUUGGGCUUCAGGCCUGUGGCCAACCCGUGGACAUCCCUGGCACUGCGUGGCAUCCAGUACAAAUGCUUCAGUGUAUCUUCUGCACGCAUGCUGUGUUCGCCGAGACUAAAAAUCCUCAGUUGAACGAAAUUCUCACAGAAAUUCAAGAGAAGAUCAUUCUCCCUGCCCACCUACCAGAGAAAGCGAGGAAGCUCGUUUUCAAUCCCAAAAAGAGCGACUACAUCCUGCGAAACCCCGUCACCAUCGAAGUCGAUGGGCUCGAGCACACUUUCAAGACUAUUGAUCGAUUCCACGAUGUCCCAAACUCGAUGAAGGCUUUUGCAGAGGCAACAAAGCUCAUGAAAACCAAAGAGGAAUGGGAUAACAUAAGCACCCUGCUUGCCGGCUAUAAGAAAGCUGGAAUUAGACUCAAACGCUGGCAUGCCGACGCUGUGACUCGACGUGCAGGCCAUGAUAGGCAGCCGUAUGUGGUCAUUGAAUGCGCUCAGCAAGUUGAAAAGACAGGACUCAGUUUACAGCGCGACAGUACUGUCAUCCUGCUGUUGGGAUCCAUUAACCGUAAGAUCAUAUCCCCGAAAGGAGAGGAGAGCGAGACUCAACAGGCUCUGAAGUGGAAUAAAAUGGUCUGGGAUAUCAUUCAGCGCCCUGAGCAUCUUGCUAAGAACACACCCCCUCGCCGUCAGCCUCAUAUGAACCCCAUUAUUCGGGGUAUGAUUCUCUUCUCCCAAGCAUCUGCAGUCAAGGAGCAGCAGGCAGCCGAAGCUCCUGUGGAUGGCCUGAUCCGAGAGCUUCGAGACAAUGUUGAGUUUAUCACCAGCGCAUGGGCUGAACGAGAAUCCGAUGACUUAACAAGCUCGCCCUAUCUGAAUUCUAUCAACAGCCGAGUCAAGCCCAACAGCGACAACUAUGUCCGCGAAAGGCAACACAUUUCUCCUUUCAACUACAUUUGGGCUAUUGCCCAGAACAUAAGGGCGAUAGAACUAGCACAGGACAUCAUCGGUCAAGAUGCCAAAGACCUGCAGCCUGUCCACGAUCUAAUGGAAAAACACAUCGAAGAUUUUGUGAUGAUGAGUCCGGAUAAUAACUCCUUUGGCUGGGACAUUGCGUAUGAAAGAGUCACAGGCCGACAGCCCAGCUGGAAACAGCAUUUGCCUGCUGCGCCCCGCUUUAGGAACGAUGUAGAGGAUAACUAG